GCAGAGGCUGCACAAGGCCCUUGAGGGCCAUCAAGAGCACCGGGCUGAAAUCUGCUUCUACCGAAAGGAUGGCUCGGCCUUUUGGUGCCUCUUGGACAUGAUGCCAAUCAAGAAUGAGAUGGGAGAAGUCGUGCUUUUCCUCUUUUCCUUCAAGGACAUCACUCAGAGUGGAGGCCCAGGACUUGGCUCCCCAGGAGGCCAUGGGGACAGUAAUCAUGAAAACUCCCUUGGCAGGAGGGGAGCCGGCUCGAGACUUCGAUCUGCCAGGAGGCAAAGCCGCACUGUCCUACACCGCCUGGCUGGCCACUUUGGCCGCCGGCGCCAGGGAGGCAUGAAAACCAAUAAUAACGUGUUUGAGCCAAAGCCAUCAGUGCCUGAGUACAAGGUGGCCUCCGUGGGGGGGUCCCGCUGCCUCCUCCUCCACUACAGCGUCCCCAAGGCUGUGUGGGACGGCCUCAUCCUCCUCGCCACCUUCUACGUCGCGAUUACCGUCCCCUACAAUGUCUGCUUCUUGGGCGACGACGACACCCCCAUCACUUCCCGACACACCCUUGUCAGCGACAUCGCCGUGGAGAUGCUCUUCAUCCUGGAUAUCAUCCUGAACUUCCGCACCACCUAUGUGUCCCAGUCCGGCCAGGUGGUCUCUGCUCCUCGUUCCAUUGGUCUUCACUACCUGGCCACCUGGUUCUUUGUUGACCUUAUUGCUGCUCUGCCAUUUGACCUGCUUUAUGUCUUCAACAUCACCGUGACUUCGCUGGUGCACCUGCUGAAGACCGUGCGGCUGCUGCGGCUGCUGCGGCUGCUGCAGAAGCUGGAGCGUUACUCCCAGUGCAGCGCGGUGGUGCUCACCCUGCUCAUGUCUGUCUUCGCGCUCCUCGCCCACUGGAUGGCCUGCGUCUGGUACGUCAUCGGGCGCCGGGAGAUGGAGGCCAAUGACCCGCUGCUUUGGGACAUCGGCUGGUUGCACGAGCUGGGCAAGCGGCUGGAGGAGCCCUACGUCAAUGGCUCGGCCGGCGGCCCCUCGCGGCGCAGCGCCUACAUCGCUGCCCUCUACUUCACGCUGAGCAGCCUCACCAGCGUGGGCUUCGGCAACGUGUGCGCCAACACCGACGCCGAGAAGAUCUUCUCCAUCUGCACCAUGCUCAUAGGCGCACUGAUGCACGCCGUGGUGUUCGGGAACGUGACGGCCAUCAUCCAGCGCAUGUACUCGCGCCGCUCGCUCUACCACAGCCGCAUGAAGGACCUCAAGGACUUCAUCCGCGUGCACCGCCUGCCGCGGCCGCUCAAGCAGCGCAUGCUCGAGUCCUUCCAGACCACGUGGGCCGUCAACAGCGGCAUUGACGCCAACGAGUUACUGCGUGACUUCCCAGACGAGCUGAGAGCUGACAUCGCUAUGCACCUGAACCGGGAGAUCCUGCAGCUGCCACUGUUCGGAGCAGCGAGCAGGGGCUGCCUGCGGGCCCUCUCCCUGCACAUCAAGACCUCAUUCUGCGCCCCAGGCGAGUACCUGUUGCGCCGUGGGGAUGCCCUGCAGGCCCACUACUACGUCUGCUCCGGCUCACUCGAGGUGCUUCGAGACAACAUGGUGCUGGCCAUCCUGGGGAAGGGGGACCUGAUUGGGGCAGAUAUCCCUGAGCCGGGGCAGGAGCCUGGGUCAGGGGCAGGCCCAGGCUACGUGCUGAAGACCAGCGCUGACGUGAAGGCACUGACCUACUGUGGCCUGCAGCAGCUGAGCAGCCGAGGGCUGGCUGAGGUCCUGAGGCUCUAUCCUGAGUAUGGGGCUGCCUUCCGGGCUGGCCUGCCCCGGGACCUCACCUUCAACCUGCGCCAGGGCUCUGACACCAAUGGCCUCAGCCGCUUUUCCCGGUCUCCUCGCCUCUCCCAGCCCCGCUCGGAAAGCCUUGGCUCCUCCUCAGACAAGACCCUGCCAUCCAUCACAGAGGCUGAGACCGGGGUGGAGUCUGGGGGUGGUUCUAGACCCCGCCGGCCCCUCCUGCUGCCCAACCUCAGCCCAGCACGACCCCGGGGCUCCCUGGUCAGCCUCUUGGGCGAGGAGCUGCCCCCAUUCUCAACCCUUGUCUCCUCCCCUUCCCUGUCCCCAACCCCUUCCCCUGCCUUGGCUGGCCGGGGCCACAGCCCCUCUCCUCAUGGCCCCCCCAGGGGCUCUGCUGCUUGGAAGCUCCCUCAGCUUCUCAUUCCCCCACUGGGAACAUUUGGACCUCCGGACCUCAGUCCCCGGAUAGUGGAUGGCAUCGAGGACUCUGGCAGCACAGCGGAGGCCCCCACAUUCCGGUUCAGCAGGAGGUCUGAGCACCCUAGGCCCUGCUCACAGGCCCCUCCUUCAGAUCUCCCGUCUCAACCAGGAAGUGUCUCAGCUGAGCCGGGAGCUUCGACACAUUAUGGGCCUGCUACAGGCCAGGCUGGGUCCCCCAGGCCACCCAGUAGCCUCAGCUCGGCCCCCAGACCCACCUGGUCCCCAGCCGAGGCCUCCGUGCAUUUCUCCAUGUCUAUCUGGACCACCACCUAGCCUCCAGGAUACUACUCUCGCUGAGGUCCACUGCCCGGCCAGUGCGGGGACAACAGAGAUGGGAGCCACCCUUCCCAAC